AGGUGAACACACUGAGUAACACAUGUUUCUAUCUUCCAGCUGUCAGCAAAGUGAUCUCCACAGAAGGGACAGAUGUUAUUUUACCCUGCUCCCCCAGCACCAGAGAAAACCUCCAAAAGAAACUGUUUGACUGGAAGAAGGUCGGUCAGGGAGGAGAAACUCAGCACGAAGUCUUCAUGUACGAUUCUGCUGUUCAUUAUGAUCGUCAUUCAGGUGCAUCUCCAGAGCCAUCUGUCACAUCACCAAAGGAAACAAAGGACUGGGCUCAGCUGCAGUGUGAAGUUUAUGGAGCUUUUCCAAAACCUAAAGUGGAGUGGAGGAACCGCUCUGGAAACAUGGUCCCUGCUGCAGAGCCUCAGGUCUCAGAGAGAGGAGGCAGCUACGACGUGACCCUCCAAACUACUGUCACCAAAACAGACCUCUAUCAGUGUGUGGUCACUCAGGAGGAGAUCAACCAUCAGAUUAAAGCUGAGAUCCAUGUAUACAUCGGGGCUGACAGCAAAGUGAUCUCCACAGAAGGGACAGAUGUUAUUUUACCCUGCUCCCCCAGCACCAGAGAAAACCUCCUAAAGAAACUGUUUGACUGGAAGAAGGUCGGUCAGGGAGGAGAAACUCAGCACGAAGUCUUCAUGUACGAUUCUGCUGUUCAUUAUGAUCGUCAUUCAGGUCAGAGUGAGCAGUUUAAAGGACGAGUCUCACAUUUUCAAAAUGAACUGAAGCACGGAAACGCCUCCAUCUUCAUCAGGAAGACGAAGGUGAUCGACAGUGGAAGUUACACCUGCUAUUUUCCAAAGCUACAGCCUCGUGAAGAAUUCUGCAUUGAGCUCGUUGUUGAUCCUAUCUUAAAGGACAGAACAGAGGAAAAGAUCGAAGGUACAGCUUCAGAGCCGUCUGUCACAAUUCUUGAGGAAACAAAGGACUGGUCUCUGCUUCAGUGUCUGGUUCGAGGAGCUUUCCCUGAACCUCUCCUCCAGUGGAAGGACAGUUCUGGAAACAUGGUCCCUGCUGCAGAGCCUCAGGUCUCAGAGAGAGGAGGCAGCUACGACGUGAUCCUCCAAACUACUGUCACCAAAACAGACAACUACAGCUGUGUAGCUUCACAGGAGGAGAUCAACCAUCAGAGUAAACCUGCACACAUCUACGUGCUUCUAAAUGGUGCAGCUUCAAAACCAUAUGUCCUAAUUCUUGAAGAAACAAAGGACCGGGCGCUGCUUCAAUGUGAAGUUAAUGGAGCUUUCCCUAAACCUCUCCUCCAGUGGACGGACAGUUCUGGAAACAUGGUCCCUGCUGCAGAGCCUCAGGUCUCAGAGAGAGGAGGCAGCUACGACGUGAUCCUCCAAACUACUGUCAUCAAAACAGACAACUACAGCUGUGUAGCUUCACAGGAGGAGAUCAAGAGUAAACCUGCACACAUCUACGUGUCUCUCAGUGGGUCGAACACUGGAUGGAUUGUUCUUUCUGGAGUUCUCGGCGCUGGUUUUUUUGUAGUUCUCGUGGUUCUUGUUGUUGUUGGUGUUGUUUAUUGCAUCAAACAUCAGAAAAAGUAUGCUGCAGUUAAAGGCGUGGGACACAGUGGAUAGAGCCUUGGUGUUGGGAUCAGAUGGUCACAGGUUCAAACCCCACUGCAGUCAGCAUGUCGUUGUGUCCCUGAGACACUUCACCCCAAAGUGCUCCUGUGGGGAUUGUCCACAGUAUUGAGUAUGUAAGUCGCUGUGGAUAAAAGCGUCUAACAAGUAACAUGUCAUGUAAUGUAAUGUAUUAUAAGUAAUUCAAUGACAGAAAGCGAAGAAUUCCUCUCAGAUCCCGCCUCUUGUGGAUGAAACCCUACUGGACAAAAAGAAAGACAGUUCACCUGUGCUGAGGUGUCUGUGUUUUACACUGUACUGUGAUAUGUGAGGACAUUUGAUCUGCUCCUGAUUCAUUUCAGAGAGUUAAGAGCUGGUUUGGAGGUUAAAGGGAGUUUUAGGUUAACAGGAGGCUGUGGUUCUAUGGUAAAAUAUGAUAUAUGUCACUUGUUAGACGCUUUUACCCAAAGUGACUUGCAUACACUCAGUACUGUGUGGGGUGAAGUGUCUUGCCCAGGGACACAAUGACAUGCUGACUCUAGUAGGCAUUGAACCAGUGCUCCCCUUAUUUGAAGAUCAGUGCACUAAUCCACUUAGCCAUUAAUAGUUUAUGUUGAAAUUUGACAUUUUGUGUGACAGAAAAUCUACUUUAAGAAAAAACUAAACAUUGAAAUGCCUUAAUUUCUUUAAAGAAGACAUUUCCUUUCACUGUGUUUUAUCUUUUAUAUAUUUGUUUGCGUUUUUCCUUUCUGCAUGUCUAUAUAUUGAUUAAUUCCAGGUUACAGUCAUUAAGCAGGAUAUUAGUAAUACAAAACAAAUAAUAAAAGUUACAAGAAUUUUAAUGGAUCAAGUCAUAAGGGGAUAAUGUCA